AUGUUAACUGUGGACGUUAGUUGUUAUCCAGGAAAGAGCAAUGCCAAGAGAUUAACUAUGGACCUUAGUUGUUAUCCAGGAAAGAGCCAUGCCAAGAGAUUAACUAUGAACCUUAGUUGUUAUCCAGGAAAGAGCCAUGCCAAGAGAUUAACUAUGGACCUUAGUUGUUAUCCAGGAAAGAGCCAUGUCAAGAGAUUAACUAUGGACCUUAGUUGUUAUCCAGGAAAGAGCCAUGCUAAGAGAUUAACUAUGGACCUUAGUUGUUAUCCAGGAAAGAGCAAUGCCAAGAGAUUUGGUCAACAAUCAGCUGGUAGAAAGGUUACUUAA